GGAGCCGGUGGGCGGUAGGCGGUGCUGCCGGUAGCUGGGUGCAGUCCAAAAGCGACUAGGCGUCGUUAGGGUAGCGAGUUGUGACCGGUUGGGCCGCACUUAGCGUGGAACGAAGCUUCGGUCACUGUUUGACUGCGUGCUGCCUCCUCUUGAUGUCGGCCCUCGAAAAGAGCAUGCACCUCGGUCGCCUGCCCCCUCGCCCUCCUCUACCCGGUAGCGGGGGCAGUCAGAGCGGAGCCAAGAUGCGAAUGGGCCCUGGAAGAAAGCGGGACUUUUCCCCUGUUCCUUGGAGUCAGUACUUUGAGUCCAUGGAAGAUGUGGAAGUAGAGAAUGAAACUGGCAAGGAUACUUUUCGAGUUUACAAGAGUGGUUCAGAGGGUCCAGUCCUGCUCCUUCUGCAUGGAGGAGGCCAUUCUGCCCUUUCCUGGGCUGUGUUCACGGCAGCGAUAAUUAGUAGAGUUCAGUGUAGGAUUGUGGCUUUGGAUCUGCGAAGUCACGGCGAAACAAAAGUCAAGAAUUCUGAAGACUUGUCUGCAGAAACAAUGGCAAAAGAUGUUGGCAAUGUAGUUGAAGCCAUGUAUGGGGACCUCCCUCCUCCAAUUAUGCUGAUUGGACAUAGCAUGGGCGGUGCUAUUGCAGUGCACACAGCAUCGGCUAACCUGGUGCCAAGCCUCCUGGGUCUAUGCAUGAUUGAUGUUGUGGAAGGUACGGCCAUGGAUGCACUUAAUAGCAUGCAGAAUUUCUUACGUGGUCGUCCUAAAACCUUCAAGUCUUUGGAGAAUGCUAUUGAAUGGAGUGUGAAGAGUGGCCAGAUUCGAAAUCUGGAGUCUGCCCGUGUCUCCAUGGUUGGCCAAGUCAAACAGUGUGAAGGAAUUACAAGUCCAGAAGGCUCAAAAUCUAUAGUGGAAGGAAUUAUAGAAGAAGAAGAAGAAGAUGAAGAAGGAAGUGAAUCAGUAAACAAGAGGAAAAAGGAAGAUGACAUGGAGACCAAGAAAGACCAUCCAUACACCUGGCGAAUCGAACUGGCAAAAACAGAAAAAUACUGGGAUGGCUGGUUCCGAGGCUUAUCCAAUCUCUUUCUUAGUUGUCCUAUUCCUAAAUUGCUGCUCUUGGCCGGUGUUGAUAGGUUGGAUAAAGAUCUGACCAUUGGCCAGAUGCAGGGAAAGUUCCAGAUGCAGGUCCUACCCCAGUGUGGCCAUGCAGUCCAUGAGGAUGCACCCGACAAGGUAGCUGAAGCUGUUGCCACUUUCCUGAUCCGGCACAGGUUUGCAGAGCCCAUUGGUGGAUUCCAGUGUGUGUUUCCUGGCUGUUAAUGACCUGCUCUCCACACCUCCCUCAACAUUGAGCUCUGUUGUAAAUACAUCGCACCAGAGGCCACUGUGAUGCCGCUGUCUCCUCCUCACCAUCCCGCCCGGCCAUGUGACACCGGCUCCCUAUAGACGGGCAUACCCAGAUGUUUAAACCUUUUUGUGUAUUCCUGCCAAAAGCAUUGUUUUCCAGGGCCCUUGUUCAACAUUGGCCUGCCCAGUCCAGGGUCCCAGCUUUUCUGCCUUCCCUAUACAGGGGUAGCCUCUGCCUGUUCUCCUCACCUUGCCUACAGUGAAUACCCUAUUCCUGGCAUCAUGCAAUGCACCUGGGUCCAGAUGUCUCUUCAGGCUCAGGGACCUCCAUUUCCUGUGAUUAUUCUUGGCAUGGUCCUGCCCUACCUCAUGGGAUGGACAAUGUACAGGGCGGUCCUUAUUUUUCCCGAAUACCGGUCAGGUACCUUUUUAUCCCAGUCUUACUUUUCUAGGUUCAGAAGACCCAGAGAGGCCAGGAUUCCAGCUUUAGGUGCAGGGAGGGGUAGUGGAUAGGUAGCAAGCAUCACAAGAAACCAGCCUGAAAAUCAGGUACAGCCAGUCCAAGCACAUGGCCUCCCAUCUGGGUGAGCCCACUGUCCCACUCCCACACGUCUGGGCACCUGUCCUGGGCUGAGGCCAGGCUGCUCCAGGGGCCUUGAGCCCUCACCUGACACAGAGCAACCCAGGUUUAAUACAGCCCAUGCACAAAGCCACAGGCUAAAACCUGUGGAAUUGUUUUUAAUAAUUAAAUUUAACUAUUCUCAUAGUUGGUUCCUGGAGGUGUGCAGAAUGCCCGCUUGCCUCUUCUAGGCCCAUAGCUUCUUGUUGCCACUCGUGGUUUCCAGUCACUCUACAUAGAAACAUUACAACCUAGCAUCCCCAGUCUUUGCCCUCAUCCAGCUGCCUCAUCCCAGCACCAUAGCCUCCCCUGCUGCCCAGGCACGCCAUUUCCAAGGGCAGGGAGGGGCAGUCUCCUGAAGCCCAUCUUCCUGUGACUGUCUAGGUGAUGUGUAGCCCCCUCCACCUUUCACCCAACAACUUCCUAUCCCUGUCCUGCUGCAGGUCCAGAAUCUGGGACCUAUUUGUUUCUUUGUUAUUUAUGACCUUGUUUAAAGAAAAUAAAUAUCUCCCAA